UCAAUGAAGGUUGUGUAUCUCUGGUCAUGUGCUUUUGGGGAGGACCAGCGUUACACUUUCUUUCCCCCUUUCCUCUGUUUAGCUGCUUUCUCCGGGUAACGAGAGGGCCGGUGCUGUCCACAAGAGUCGUGUUUCUCUGUUUCCUCCACGCAGGACACCAUUCUCAUCAUUAAACACCAAGCACACGAAUACCAAGGAAGAGAAGGCCAGGUGAAGAUGAUCUGGCACAUUUAAAAGGAAAAGCGUCUGCAAGCAUAUUCAUUGACAAGAAAGCAUGAUUGAAAUGGAGAGAGAGAAAGAGGAAUGGAGGGAGAGGGAGGAACGAGAUAAGCCGCUGGACCUUUUCAAAGGAAUUUUCUGCAGCGUUUUACGACAUCUUGCAGCUGCUAAGCUGACCUUGGUGUAAAGUUUAGAUCGAAGAUGGAUCUUGUCCCCAUAAAACAAGAAGUCCAAGUGCACUAUGACCCUCAACAAGACCGCCCUGGUCCAGAUGGACUUGGCAUUAAACCAGAAGUGCCAGAGCUUGGCACGCCACUCAAAAGGGAUCUGUCUAGAGGCACGGCGCCUCACUGCGCUUUCGGAAGCUUUACAGUCCACCAGCCCAUCGACAAAGCCAAUUGCUCUUUUUCUCUCACUGAACACGGGCAGAGUUUCACUCAGUUACCCAGCUUCCUCGUAAACCAGCAGAUCCACAAAGCCAAUCUCUCUUAUUCCCACACUGAAUACGGGCAGAGUUUCACUCACUUACCCAGCUUCCUGGUAACCCAGCAAACCCACCCGAGACAAGAAGCUUAUUCCUGUACCCAACGUGGCUUCUUUCAAGUCUCCAGCCACGUGAAGCGCAAAAGAAACCACGAAGGACAGAAAACGUGCCUGUGCCCUGAAUGCGGCAAGACUUUCUCUCUCAUAAACGAGCUUAAAAUCCACCUCAGAAUCCACACAGGAGAGAAACCCUAUCACUGUAGCGAAUGUGGGAAGAGUUUCAAUCAGUCGGGCAACCUGAAAACACAUCAGCGAAUCCACACGCAGGAGAAACCGUAUCCCUGUCCUGAAUGUGGGCGGGGUUUCACUCAGAUCACAAACCUCAAGAACCACUUGCUGACGCACACAGGAGACAAGCCACACCAGUGCACUGAGUGCGGCAAGACCUUCACGCAGCUUAUCAACCUGAAAAUACACCAGCGUAUUCACACAGGAGAGAAACCAUACUCCUGUAGUGAAUGUGGGAAGAGAUUUGCGCAGCUCAGCAAUCUGAAAAACCAUCAGCAAAAGCACACAGGGGUGAAACCACAUCAGUGUACUGAAUGUGGGAAGGGUUUCAGUACGUUAAGAUACUUCAAAAAGCACCAGCAAAAUCACACGAGAGAGAGAGAAGGCAGAUAGCUCCGUGCAGUUCCGCCAGUUCAACAGACGCUCUGAUGUAAGCCAAAAUAUUGUUUGUAAGUAUUCCAGUGGGAAAAAAAAUAAAUAUUUAGACUCAUUUGAAGUAGUUAGCUAGCUUUUAAACAGUGUUUACAUCAGUACGUUCACCAGUCUGUCUCUCUCUGUCUAAGUCUAGCGCUAUGUCUGCAGUAAGUCUAUCUCUGUUUAAGUCUAUCUCUACGCCAGAGAUCCAUCUGUUAAUAGGGGGAUCAGACAUGACAGGUCCUAGUAAGAUAAUCAUAUAGGCUAAUAAGCUUCACGUUACUUACCUUACUUAGGAACACUUAGGCAUGUCAAAUAGUUACUUAAGUAGAAGCAACAAAGAAUCUUACAGGAUCGGAUUUUAAAUACAGAAGAAUGAAAUAUUAGGAAAAAAGAUCGUAUUAAAAAGUAAACUUUUUAACUUUGAAGGCUGUCUGAUAUGUAAAUAUUGUUUUCUUAUCUUGUCUCGUGCCCUUUUUUUUUUAUAAUGUUUGCAAACAGUCCUGUUGUCCUAAUAUU